AUGACACUGGAGCUAGACGUCAUCUCCAUAAUGGAUACAGGCAAACAACUACGCACAGAAACACCUUGGCUAAGACACAUUCAGGACCUCAGUAGUCGUGUGUGGGUUCUUCAUAACGAUAUCCUCACUGCAGUCCCUAGGAAAGAACAGACAGUUCCAGUCACUGUCACCUUACUCCCGUACCAAUAUCCAGAGGCUCUUGAGAAGGACAGGGGGGAUCCCAUGUAUGUGGGACUGAGAGAGCCUCCGUGCUGCCUGGCCUGCACGAAGCAAGGAGAGCAGCCGGUGCUGCAGCUUAAGAAAGGGGACAUACUGGAACUGUACCACCAAAAGGAGCCUGUAAAACCCUCCCUCUUCUAUCACACCAAGAGUGGCACAACCUCAACAUUUGAGUCCGCCGCCUUCCCUGGUUGGUUCAUCGCUGUCUGUUCCAAAGGAAGUUGUCCUCUCUUUCUGACCCAAGAACUGGGGAAAACCCACAUCACUGACUUUGAGAUGACUACGGUGCAUUAA